AUGGCGUCCUCGCAGCUGCGGGUGGCCGUUGUGUGCAGGAGCAACCAGAACCGGAGCAUGGAGGCUCACCACAUCCUCAACAGACGGGGAUUCAACGUCCGGUCCUUCGGGACAGGGACUCACGUGAAGCUUCCCGGACGAACACGGGACAAGCCAAACAUUUAUGAUUUCAGAACCACCUAUGAGCAGAUGUACAAUGAUCUGGUUAAGAGAGACGAAUACUUCUACAGGCAGAAUGGCAUUUUGCAUAUGUUGGACAGAAACAAGCGAAUCAAGCCUAGGCCGGAAAGGUUCCAGAACUGUCAAGACCAGUUCGACCUCAUCCUCACCUGUGAAGAGAGGGUGUACGACCAGGUAGUGGAAGAUCUGUAUUCCAGGGAGCAGGAGACCUGCCAGCCAGUGCACGUGGUUAACGUCGACAUCGAGGACAACGAGGAGGAGGCCACCCUGGGAGCGUUCCUCAUCUGUAAGCUCUGCCAGUACAUUCAGCUUUCGGAUGACAUGGAGAAUGAGAUCGAUGAGCUGCUGCUGAAGUUGGAGGAGAAGAGCAACAGGACCUUCCUGCACACUGUCUGCUUCUACUGA